AUGUGUUCGCCAUACUUAAGAUUUAAAACAUAUGCGGAUAAAAGUUGGCCGUAUAUUGAAUAUUAUAUUGGAGAGAAAGAUGAUAGGGAGAGGAAGGGCGGCCGAGGGGAACACCACUGGGUUGGAGCAAAGUCUAUGGAAUGGUACACCGGGAGUUUCCUUCGGGAUACCAUGCACGGGCUGGGAGACUACCGCUGGCGGUACGCAGGUUACGACGGCCUCCACGCCACUUAUGAAGGCCACUUCUAUAGCAAUGACAUGCAUGGGUACGGCACCAUGUCUUACCCAGAUGGGGUCGUGUUCACGGGUUUAUAUUCCAAAAACAGUCGAUACGGCCCCGGAGUUGAGACAAACUUUGUAUAUGAGGAUGUAGGGAUUUGGCGCGGUAUGCGACUAGUAAGGUUGGCGUGGAGGCCGGCCUGCUGCAGCAUCAUCCCAGACCUCAGUCACGGGGACCUGGGGAGGAAAUACGCGGAGCCACAACGGGUGGUACUGGCUUCCAACUCAGUUGUUAUUGGGGAAAUAAACAGUGCCUUAGAUUUGCUGAAGCAGAAUGGAUGUGAUCCAAUAGCAGCGACGGAGAAGUGGACUAAGCUUUAUCCAAAGAACUGCACGGACCAGGCCAGCAAACUGUGCCAAGUGGAGGAUUUCAAACGCGAUUACUACAAGGGCAACAUUCAGGAAUUGGUCGUCACAGAUCGGCCUGAACCUAGAGUGACUGAGAAUACUGUUAUUGGCCAAGAUCCAAGCUCACACGAUGAUACCGUAUAUUAUUAUGCUUGGAAUAACGAAGAGUUGUUGAUUGAUAUAAUGAAACACUGUUACAAACACGAUGAUCAGAGGAUGUGUAAAGAAAUGUCUAUGGUAGACUUGCUCUGCAUACUCUCUGGACAGAGGAAGGUUUUCAAACACCCUGGGAAGUAUGAGGUGGACAACAGAACAUUGUUAAUGGCAAGUUUUUUGGGAGAUGUUCAAACUGUAACUGAACUUAUCAAUGACAGCGAUGUUUAUCCGGGUGUUACAGAUAGCAAAGGGAACUCUGCACUUAUGUAUGCUACCUUCGGCGAUCAAACAGACAUUAUCCAUUUUCUGGUGGAGGCUGGUGCUGAUGUCAACGGAUACAAUGAUUCCUGUUGCACUCCACUCGGAUUAGCAAUCCUUAGGUUCCUUUUUACUGAAAGAGACGUGACACCAAGUGAAAUGAUACAAGCUCUGACGCCCCCAUCGCCAACAUCUUCUCGUCCGGCUAUCAUGGACCAAAUUGAAGAAUGGAAUAUAUUUCGGGAAGCUAGUGUCCCUCUCUCAGCAGGGCUUACCAGAGCACCAAGCAAAACAAUGAAACAAAAUAAAAAGUCAGCUCUAUCUUUAAAAGAUACUCCAAAGAAAAAAACAGAUGCUUUAGGGAAACUACCUGAAAUACUAGAAACUGUUUCUGAAGAGUCAAUUUCAGACGACAAACGGACGUAUAAUAGGAUAACACUGCAAUAUGUAUCGGCUAUUAACGAUCUUUUUGUGCUUCCAAGUAUAACAAAUUCAGUUACAUAUAUAUUUGAAAUAAAUGAUAUGAACAAAGGCUUAGAUACUGAGGAAGACACAAAGAAAAUUCCAGACAAAAAUGUAAAAAGAAUUGCAUCAAAAACUAUAAAACAGACAACUAAACCAAGCAAAGAAGCGAUUUGGAGGAGUAGUGAGAAAGACAUUUCUACGUUGGACAUCGCUGGAAAACUGAAAACAGACACUUUAUCGAAGAUAAAGUUUACUAUUCUUCAGUUAUUAUCUGAUGGCGCCAAUCCCACUAUGGUGAAAUGUCCUCAACCAGCUCUAUUGAUGGCAGUUCUCGCGGGUUGCCCUGAUUUAGCGCUUCAAUUGGUCCUUCAUGGCGCAGAUGUCAAUGAAAGAUACCCACAAAUGUUUGGGUACUUUCCUUUAGAUAUAGCGAUAUCCCAGCCACUGACCGCCAAUAAUUUGGAUCUUAUACGUACACUACUUGAAUGUGGUAGUGACGCAACCCACCGUCUGCAGUACAAAGAGCAAAAUGAAGAUGUUCCCGGUCCGACAUUAUUGCACGUAAUGCUUGCCAAGAAAAUGGAAAGCGAAGCUGAAACUGAGAUUCAACACAAUAUCUUGGAGCUUCUGUUGCAAUAUAAAUGUGACCCAACCAUGCAAUUCAAAGGUCGUUCCGCCAUUGAUGUGGCCAUGUCCAAGGGUUCCAACAAGAUGGAUAUAUUUAUUCAGAACCCAAACACUAACUUGAAUGCGAUCAUAAACGAUUCUAACCAAACCAUUCUGGUCAAGAUGUUCUCAUUAACAUUUUUUCGAACUGUUGAUUCGAUGGAACGACUGCAAAUGAUCACAAAUUUACUUCUUUUUGGUGCCGAUCCACUGAUAGAGUGUCAGAAUAAUGAGGACAAAUACGAGAACAUUUUCGUAUUUAUGAAGAAUAUCUUCACUGACUUAGAAACCGCAUCUGCUCCAAAAGCCAGUAACCCAAUAGGUAAUGGUAAAGAAGCGAAGGGCAAAUCACCUAAAGAACAGCCGAAAAUGCCUGAGAAAAUAUCAACAAAGUCAGUACUUAAGACAGGUAUUGACGACCUUGGAGACUACAAGCAGGCUCAAGAGCUGAUGACAGAUUGUGCCAGAAUGUUGUACGUGCGAUGGCUACAAGCAAAACUCAUGAAAGAACUCGUGUGCAUUAUCGAUAGAUUUCAGCAUCGACAUUGGAAUAUGAUAUUAAGAGAACACAAAGACAAAAAGCGAGUAGGCCUGUGGCUGACCCCUGAACGCUGUUUGGAAAUAUGGGAUAUUCUAAAGAACACACGACAGAAAACGUACAAAAAUAAUCGUGUUUUGAGACUUCUACUUUGUAUGGUAAAAUUUUACAACAAGCGGUAUAUCGAGCAUAUGAAAGAAGUUUAUCCUACUGCUGAAAUGAAGAAUUCAAUAGAAUACGAAGUAUCUAUUAUUUUACGUGAUUACAUGUCCGGGCCUAAGAUGACUGAUGAUGUGCAGUUAAAAAGACCUUAUGUGAAACCAGAGAUAAUAUCGAAACCUGACAAGUUCAACGUUUGCUUCGAAUGCAUACUUCCCAACGGGGAAGGGAGCAUAAAAUGCAAAUCGUGCAAACUCAUCGCAUUCUGUUCCAUGGACUGUUUGAAAGUGAACAUCAACAGACCAUAUUGCCAUCCUUGCAGUGAAUAUUUAAGCGAUUUCUAUUUCCCUCCGUCAUCGUCAAAUCAUGAGAAGGAGGAACGAACAAGUGUUAAUAAAGUUUAGUUUCGAAUACUUAUUGUAGUGAUUAUUAAGUA